AACCUAAUUUAUUAAGAAGCAUAGCUCACUGCUUUCUCCAUGCAUUUGUCUGUUAUCAUUACACUACCAAAGCAUCUCUCUUUCUUCUUGUUUUUUCUUUCUUUCUUUGAUUUGUCACCCCCCAUAACCCCUGUUUUUUAAUCCCAUCUCUCUCUCUCUCUCUAUAUAUAUAUAUAUAUAUAUCCUUAAAAUUUUCAUUUUGUUGAUUUAUUUCUUUCCCCACACAACAAUGGCAAGCAGAAGAUCACGCUCUAGGCAAUCAAGUGGUUCCAGGAUCACUGAUGAUCAGAUUAUCGACCUUGUUUCCAAGUUGCAACAGCUUAUCCCUGAGUUUCGUCGAAGACGCUCCGACAAGGUAUCAGCAUCCAAGGUCUUGCAGGAAACCUGCAACUAUAUCAGGAAUUUACACAGAGAAGUGGAUGGGUUAAGCGACCGGUUAUCUCAGCUAUUAGCUUCGACGGACACGGAUACCGACCAAGCAACAAUUAUCAGGAGUUUACUUGAGGAAUAAUCA